AUGAGAUCGGUCGUAGCUUUGGGAGUUGCCCUCCUCGGCAUUGGAGCUCUAGCUGUGCCAGUUGAUCAGGAUAUUUCUUUGGAUGCACGACAAGUACUUGAUCCCGGUGGACCCAGCGGACCUGGGUCACCAAUGAACUGUCUGUUUGAAUAUGAUCCUGGAACUAUCAAUCCUCCACCAGAAAACGAACCCAUCAAUGCCGAUCCAGUUGGCUUCUGUUCGCAGUACAUUCGAUCUACAAGAACCGUCAUAAGAACAUCAUACUACACAAACACCGCGACAGUCAAUGUACCCACCACCGUCGCCUCAACGAGAGUAGUAACAUCGUAUUACACAACCGUUAUCACUGUGACCGUUCCAGCGACGAGCUCUGUUACCCGGACUACGUAUACCACCAAACCGUGGACUUCUACCGUCACAACGACUACAACCACAACUAGACCUUCCACCACCUCGACGUCGACCAAGCCAACCACAAGCUCUACUACUUCCACAACCACAUCCAAGCCUAUCACGUCACCACCAACUACCACGUCGAAGACUUCAACAUCAACCACAUCAACUACAAGCUCUAGCGUUGUUGUCGGACCAACCCCUACCGAUGGAAGCGUCUGUCCAACACCAGUAGCAGGCCAAAUCUGCGGAGCAAAAGGAUGGGGCUACGCAACCAACAAUAUCUACUCUGCACAGCCCAUGGAACCGGUUAUCUGCCAUCAACUCUGUCUCAAGAACAAAGACUGCAAGAGUUUCCAGGUCGUCAGCAACGCAACCGACGUUCAACUAUGUAACUUAUACUCCACGGAUUCAAACUCAACAAACAUCAUACCCGGCGACGCAUCGCCAUUCUUAUUCUUUGAUAGGGAUUGCCCUGAUUACGUCCCUGCGGCAUGCAAAUCCAGCCCCGAACCCGCGCCCGAACCAAGAAAGCGUGACGAAAACGACGACAUCCCACCACCCUUCUACUUCUCGGGCAUCCCCUCCGAAACACUCUCUGAUAUCUGUUCUUGCAUCGUCACGAACCCUGUACCCGGCACGACGGUCACGAAGACGACGAGUAAGGGGACGACUACUACUGUAGCUAUUCCGAAACCUACGACCGUGGUUACGACGGUUGUGUCGAGUGUGGGUGCUACGUCUACGACUGAGGUGACGAAGAUUACAACGGUUUAUGCGACGCAGACUGUGACGGUGGGUUGA